AUGGGCCGGCAAAGGUUCUUGGGUUUGAGAGGCGCCAGUCUCACGGCGGUGAUUGUCUUCGUGGCAGGAUGUGAAUUUUUGUUGUUUGGCUACGACCAGGGAGUGUUCGGAGGUAUCAUCAACCUGAACUCGUUCACCUCGACAUUCCCGUCCAUGUGUACCACGGCUGCCUGCGUCAAAGGCAUGACUUCGCAUCAGAAGUCUCAUCGCUCUACCAUCCAAGGUGUCUCGGUCGCUUGCUACAAUAUCGGCUGCUUGAUGGGCGCCCUAUCUACGUUCAGACUCGGUAACGUUCUCGGCCGUCGCAAGUCCAUCUUCAUCGGGUGUUGUAUCGUCUCGGUCGGUGCCAUCUUGCAGGCCUCGUCGUUCACCAUGACCCAGCUCAUCAUCGGACGUAUCAUCUGUGGAGUGGGUACGGGCAUCAACACAGCCACCAUGCCCGUAUGGCAGGCAGAAUGCACCAAGCCUCACCAGCGUGGACCCAUCAUGGCUUUCGAGACGUCGCUGGUGCCGCUUGGUGUGAUGACCAGCUACUGGGUCGACUUUGGCUUCUCGUACGCCGAGCCUAGCCAGAUCGCGUGGCGCUUCCCCGUCGCGCUCCAGCUGGUGUUCGCGCUGGUUGUGUUGUGCCUGAUCUUAUCACUGCCCGAGUCGCCCCGCUGGCUCCUGCUCCAGGAUCGAUGGGAGGAGGCCACCGAAGUGCUAUCGGCCCUGUACGACGCUCCAGCCGGAGACGUCGUCGUGGCGGAAGAACUCGCUUCGAUUCGCGCCACGAUCGAGACCCAGCGCAACGUCACUUGGAAAGAUGUCUUCCACGAGGGACCACUCAAGACUCGUUCUCGGACCAUCCUCGCCGUCAGUAUUCAGAUCAUGUCCCAGUUCACAGGGAUCAAUGUCAUCACGUACUACGCGACCUCGAUCUUUCAGAAUGAGAUCGGCUUGUCACCGUUCAUGUCCCGUAUCCUGUCUGGCGCUUUGGGGACCGACUCGUUCAUCUCGGGGAUGAUCUCCGUUUGGGUCAUCAAGACCUUUGACCGGCGCAACGUCAUGAUGUUCAACCUCAGCGGUAUGACCGUGUCGAUGGUGGUCCUGGCCGUCACGAGGAAGUUCACGGGUUACAAGGCUGGCAUCGUCGCGACCGUCUUCCUCUUCGUGUUCAAGGCCUUUUUCGCCCUCGGUUUUGCCCAAAUCCCCUGGAUCUACCCGGCCGAGAUCACGCCGCUGGCGACCCGCGUGCAGGCCAACGCCAUCUCCACCGCCACCAACUGGGUUUGUGUGUUCACCAUCGUCAUGAUUGCUCCUAUUGCCUUCAACAACAUCGGCUGGAAAACGUACCUCAUCUUCGCCAGCUGCAACGUCGCCGCCCUUUUCGUGGUCUUCUUCUUCUACCCCGAAACUCGGAACCGAUCGCUCGAGGAGAUUGACUUGGUCUUCCACAACUCGACCUCCCCACUGAAGGUCGUCAUGGUGGCCAAGAGGACCGAGCACCACUUUGGCAAGAAAGGCGAGGUGAUUACCAGCUUGACAAAGGACAUGACCGCGGCCGAGGAUGGCAUGGUCAAGGACUUGGGGCAUGUGGCCCACGUCGAAUCGAUUGCCAAGUGCAUGCGUGGCUAG